CGCUCACCGACAAAAUCUAGAGCUUUUCUGGCCAGGCCACGAUUCUACUUUUCUGAGAUCUGGAUAAAGAGGAUAACGCCGGGGUAGUCGACUGCUGCAGGGCUUGCGAAUACGAUGCAGGGCCUUUUCGACCCACAAAUAGAGACACCUCAUUGUUUAGGGCUUAUUGCUGCAACCAAAGUCACUGAUAUUUCAACAUGUCUUCAUGGGACCCAAUCCGCAGCCGCCUCAUUUUCCAAAGUGGCAUAGGCUUCAUAUACCGCCAAUUGUUCAUGCACCCUCCUCCAAUCGCAGCAGACGUCAAACUUGACGGCCAGACAGCCAUAGUCACCGGAUCAAAUACCGGUCUAGGGCUCGAAGCAGCACGGCAGCUUCUCCAGCUAGAUCUCUCUCGGCUGAUACUAGCCGUCCGGUCUCAAGCCAAAGGCGAUGCCGCGGCAGAAACUCUCCGCGAUGAGUUUCCAAUCGCUCAAGUCGAGGUCUGGAUCCUAGACAUGGAAGACUUCGAGUCUGUCUCUGCGUUUGCCAUGAAAGGUCAGACUUUAGGUAGGAUUGACAUUAUCAUCCUCAACGCUGGUGUGCAGAAUAAGGACUGUAUUGUCUCGACCAAGACAGGAAAAGAACAGACUUUCCAAGUCAACUACCUCUCGACAAUCAUGCUAGCUGUGCUUCUCUUACCGACUCUAAGGUCCAAAGGAGGUCUGGGCGGAAAGCCAGCUAGACUUACGGUUGUGACAUCUACCACCGCAUAUUUUGCGGAUUUCAAUCACGAGAAACCAAUUUUGCCGCAGUUUGACGAGAAGUACGAUCCUACGAAGUGGUAUGCCCGCGAGAAGUUGUUGCAAAUGGUUGUUCUGAGAAGACUGGCAACGCUGGUCGACCCGGAUGAGGUGAUUAUCAACACGGUUUGCCCGGGGUUGGUAGGCGAUACGGAGAUCUGGCGCACCAUCAACACAAGUAUUGUUUUGAGAUACAUGUUCUCAGUUUACUUUGCUCUGUUUGGCAGGAGCUUGAAAGAGGGUGCCAGUACAUACGUUCAUGCCGUGGCAGUCGCAGGGCGAGAAAGUCAUGGAGGCUUUUUGAGCGAGUGGGGAGUACGCCCAUAUCCUGUUCUGAUGUAUUCAAAGCGCGGCGAGGAUUUGCAGAAGAAGGUUCUGAGUGAGACCAGGAAUCUUUUGUCAUCCCUGGACGUCUCAGAGGACUUAAUGCAUGAGUUCUAGUCAGAAGAUCGAAAACUUGUGGUGUUCACCGGAGCUUCCGACCGGCAUCGGAACGUUCCGGUACGCGGAAUCCACACCC